CGCGAUGCAGUGUGCCGCUGCUUCGGCUCCCGCUGCGUGGAGUAUACCACUUUUGUCGGCGCCUGUAAAUGGAACAUAUUUUCGGCGGAGCCCGGCAUUACACACUUUCGUGUUAAAAACCUCUUUCAUCUCUAAGAGUAGCCUACAGAAUGAUGCACGCGACAAUGAAACGCAGCUAGCGUUGAGCGACGCUCGGAAGUGUCAAAGUCGAUGAGCGUGGCCAUACGACGCUCCGCGGAAUGCAGGCUUUCCCUGCACUACGGCCUCCCGCUGCUGCUGAACGUUCGUCUGCGGGCGUGGUCGGUCGCGGAGGACCCCUCGACGCGCGUAGCGGGGCUGCAGUUGGACUUGGAGCCGACCGACCCUCCGCUCGUGGAGCGCACCGCGACGAGCAUCGAGGACGCUCUGCGGGCCGUGGCCCACAACGGCACCAUGCUGCGUUUCAAGAGCAUCGCGGUGGACGUUCGCCGGGCUCUGGAUGCGCUGCGGGAGCGCCUUCACGAGGCUCCUCUCUGGCCGGGAGGGAUGCUGUUUGUGAAGGUCCGCAGAAUCGAGUCGCUGCUGCCGUUCGUGAAAGCAGCGUAUUUCGUGGCACUGGCCAACCACAACCUUCCAGCUAUCUUCGAGUACCGCAUGUCCAGCGAGGUCGCCAGCGCCACGCCUUCUCUGGUGCACGAGUUGGGCGUCUUCCUGCACGAGGAGGCGCCGACGGGCCGCGCGCUGAACCUGGUGCGGUACCUGCUGUUCGAGCGCCUCCUGCCGCUGUCCACCUCGCGCCUCGAGGAGACGCUCGACGUGAACGCCCGUGACGCGUUGAAGCUUCGCAUUCGCGCCUGCAGGGACGCCGUGCGCCGCGUCGAGCCACGGGCGUGGCAGUUUCUCACCUUGCAGAGUAAGAUCCGCGUGCCCAUGAAGCCCGCCACAUAG